GGGAGGGACGCUGCCCAAGCUACUUCUCUUCUGUCUCCCGGCCCCCUACCCUGGCCAUGACAGAGACCCGGGAACCAGCUGAGACUGGGGGCUACGCCAGCCUGGAAGAGGAUGAUGAAGACCUCUCGCCAGGCCCUGAGCAUUCCUCCGACUCGGAGUACACUCUCUCCGAGCCGGACUCCGAGGAAGAGGAGGAGGAGGAGGAGGAGGAAGAGGAGACCACUGAUGAUCCAGAAUAUGACCCCGGCUACAAGGUGAAGCAGCGCCUGGGGGGCGGCCGGGGCGGCCCCUCCCGUCGGGCCCCACGGGCAGCCCAGCCGCCGGGCCCCCUGGCACAGCCCUGCCAGCUCUGUGGCCGCUCUCCCCUGGCCGAGGCCCCACCGGGCACCCCACCUUGCCGCCUCUGCUGCCCUGCUUCAGCCCCCCAGGAGGUCCCCACGCCUGCGGGCAGGGCUCUUGGGGAGGGAGAUGAGGAGCCCCCUCAGGCUGGGGAGGGCCGCCCCACCGGGCGGGGGGAGGAAGAAGAGGAGGAGGAGGAGGAGGAAGAGGAGGAAGAGGAGGGCACCUACCACUGCACGGAGUGCGAGGACUCCUUCGCCACGCUGGGCGAGCUGCAUGCGCACUUCAUGCUGCACGCACGCGGGGAGGUGUAGGCACGGGGCGGGCAGGGCGGGAG